AUGAAGACCCACGAUUUAUUUUUUAUUUUUUCGGUGGUUUUAGUGGCCAUAUCUUGUGCCAACGCCGCAACUACUGAAGCUACAGCAACCACCGAAGCACCCGAAUCUACAACAGAAUAUCCGACAGCUCCACAAUGGUCAUGGGCGGAAUUCAUUAAGUUCUUUAACGGCAGCAGCAGUGGAAACAAGUUUUACUUUUUCUUUUAGAAACUAAAAUUGAUUUUGUUCAACUUUUCAAUUUUUUAUGUCAUUUUUUAAAUAAACCGAAAU